UUUCACAGUUGUGUAACGACGUCUCCAGCAAAUGGAAAACAAUAGAAUGAGCAGAGAAACUCGUCGAAGGGAUUUUAGCCCAAUAUAUAAAUACACAUCUCACAAUAUUAACGCGCGUACAUUAUUUGCAAAAGGUUUAUUUUUUUAAUAAAAUAUUUCUUAAAUAAAUAGGCUCUGAAUGCGGAAUAAAUUAUAUUAAUAUAAAGCAGACGUAGUUUAUAAAGCAAUUUGAGGAGAACACGUUAUGUUUCAUGGUUUCACAUGGUUAUAUUUGUUAUACUGAAUAUAAAUAUAUCACGCAUUUCAACUAUGUAUGAGAUGUACUUUGAGAAAACACCUCACCACAUAGUGGCAGUAUCGCAGUUAAGGAAUGUCUCGUUCAAACGAACAAAAUAAUAAAUAAAUAAAAGCAAAGGGACAUAUCUGUCUUCAGAACAUCAGGAAGAAGUAGAGGCUUUUUUUCUGUCGUUCCUACCCAUUUUUUUAGGUGGCAUUUACUUUACACUUCACAUUAAUAAUAGCAUUUAUAUAUUAUGUAUCACUUCACAUUCCCAGAUAAAUAGAUAUGCAUUUGGAGGUACACGAGCCAUAUGCUCCAUUAGUCCAAAGUAUGUAUCUUAAAUCACCACUUCCACACUUAGUAUUCCCUAACUUCAUUAUUUAUACUUACUUUUAUUUAAUUCUUUCUGCCUGUCACUGUCGCACAGAUGAACAAAGACAAAAUAUUUAUCAUAAACAAAUUACAGUUUUCAGACCAAACCCAAUGAUCUCCUGCCGAGUCCAGAAGGCCAAGGGAAGUGAACGAUGGGAAACGGAAGAAGAAAUAAAGAAAAGGAUAUUAAUGCUGGAAGGAGAGACACUGUUGGAUUUGUUGAAUGAAGGUCCAUUCAUCACCUCUUGUCAUCGUAAGGCAACAAUUGCACACCUGCCGCCAGCCGUCACUGGCCGGUCGUAUGUCAUUUCACCACUUCAUGCAAAUAGGAUGAAUUGCACAUGCACCACCCUCAUGCAAAGCAAAACCUCAGAGCUGAACUCUCCUUAGUCUCUCUCUCUCUCUCUCUCUCCCUCUUUCUCUCUAAGAAAACACUGUUUUAUUGAAGCUACUUCUCAUGCGUUCAUCAACUUGGGUUCUUCAGUUUUUAGAGUGUGAUUUCCUCCACGACAACACAGGGUCUGGGGGAGGAGUCUGUCUGCACGGUGUUUACAGACUGCUCACCUGGGACCUGUUGCUCGGCUGCCAGUGUCACUGGGACUCCAUCUGUGGAGGACUUGAAUGAUGCUGCUCCUUCUUCACAGUCAUCGCUGCGAGCCUAAAUGAUGCUCCGCAGACCUGCCGGCUUACUGUCAGCCUACAAGCAAGCUGGAUUUACAGACACAGUCAGAGAGAGGCAGCACGAGUCAGUGUGUCUUCUGCUUCAUACUCACUCAAUGAGAGGACUUCACUUACAUGUGUGUGUCUGAUUUGUCCACUGCUGGCAAUGGGCAGAUGCUGCAAAUGCAACGGGAGACUGCUGUGCAUGUGCCUGCUGCCCUGCAUGAUGACCGGCCACCUUUUGAUUUAUAUCAUGGUGUCCAUAUUUGUCACCAUCUCCUACACUCCUCCAAAGAUAGUUAAUCAUUAUGUCGCCCCAGGGACCUCUCCCAACUCCUCCACUCUGGCCUCUCACCCGCUCAGCCCUUUCUGGAACCUUCGUCUGGAGGACAGUGCGCUGUGGAACCAGUUGCAGCACGUUUGGGAUCGUCAACACAACCCUGUGCUGCGAGGAAACACCACCGGGGUCAGGAGGACUGUGACAGACACUGAGGAAGAGUGCUUCUCUGAUUGCACGUCACACAAGUGUUCAGUCCCUGGUUUGAGUGAUUUCAACAGUCUGCCAGAACAAAUGAGAACAUUCAUCCAGUCAAUGCACUGCAGGGAGUAUCCCCUCCUCAUUAAUCAGCCUGGUGUGUGUAGGAGGAACAGCAGUGAUUUUGCUCUGGACACUCCCUUACUCCUCAUGGCAAUCAAAUCACAAGUGGGAAACUUUGAAAACAGACAAGCCAUUCGAGAAACGUGGGGACGCAGUGGUCUGGUGACGGGGAAAUCAAGACUAGUGCGGACUGUGUUUCUACUUGGAAGACAGGACUCCAGCACAGGUCCUCACCCGGACCUGAAAAACCUACUGGAUCUUGAGAACCAGAAAUUUGGGGAUAUCCUGCAGUGGGAUUUUAAUGACACUUUCUUCAACCUGACGUUGAAGGACCUGCUGUUUUGGCAGUGGUUUGAGCAGUACUGCUCCACGGCCAUAUUUGUCUUUAAGGGCGAUGACGAUGUCUUCGUCCACACAGAGGUCCUUUUGAACUACCUGCACGCAAACUGGGAGGAGUACACCCGGUGGGCAGCCUACAGAAACGACAGUGGCCUGACUUUCAUUGUGGGAGAUGUGAUCAGAAAUGCCAUGCCGAACCGUGAACCAUCCACCAAAUACUACAUCCCAGAAAGUUUCUUUAAAGGCGUUUACCCACCGUACGCAGGUGGAGGAGGCGUGGUCUAUUCUGGCUCACUCGCGUUACGACUCAAAGAGGUGUCCAAGAAGGUUCGCCUUUUCCCAAUUGACGACGUGUAUCUGGGCAUGUGCCUCCACAGACUGGGGCUUUCUCCGAGCCACCACCCGGGAUUUCUGACAUUUGAUUUGCCAGUACCAGACAGGGGAAAUCCAUGUGCUUACAGAUCUGUUUUCCUGGUCCACAGACGGACUCCUAAGGAGAUGCUGACCCUGUGGAAGCAGCUCCAGAACCUCCCUGGUCAAUGCUGACUCUGCUCAUUUGCCUGCCAAAUGGAACUGACUAUGAAAGGGAAGAACCACACUCCAUGGAAAAAUCAACAUAUCGUUUUAGGAGCAGGUGGCGCCGUAUGACUGUACCACACACCGUACCUAUAUUAUACACCACAGAUACAACAACCUGGCUCAUCUACCUCACAGGGUACUUUAACUUAUGAAACCAGCCUUUACCCUUUGUGUUGCUGCCCUUUGAAGACAUAUUAACCUUAAACCUUAGCCACAGCUUCUGUGUUUGAUUGUAAGUAAAUAAAAUCCGUUCUUGUUUCGUCAGUGUCUGCAGUUCUAGGUUGUUUCUAAUCCUCUCUGCUCAGUGAAAUCAACUGUACGUGACGACCUUUUGUUCAACAAUUAUAAUGAUAUUUAUUAGUGUUGAUCUUGAACAAUUGUUAUUUUGCUGUUGUCGAUGAAAAUACCUGCUAUUUAAAGUGAAUAAAUGAAGUAAUAAA